CAAAUGAUGAGCCCAGACUAUGGCGACCCAGGAAGCCACUCCAGGAAGCCAGUCAGAGGAGAGCGACGCUUUGGACUUGGCGUCCGUCAACGACAUAAAAGAUUAUGCUCUGCAGAGACCCCACCAGGAGGCAGACAGCGAGGCAUUGAGCUCUGUGGAAACCCUCUCUCUUCCUUGCUCUUCUGAUGUGGAUUCAGACACCGGUAACCUAAAUACUGAACAAAAUGAUUCCUGGACCUCUGAGAACUUCUGGCUUGACCCUUGUGUGAAGGGUCAGACGGAGACCAUGGCAGAGGACGAUGGGCUUCGGAAAUCCCUGGAUAGGUUCUAUGAAAUGUUUGGCCAUCCCCAGCCAGCCGCUAGAAAUCCACUCUCCGCAUCAGUCUGCCAGUGCCUGACUCAGAAAAUCAAUGAACUGAAGGGCCAGGAGAACCAAAAGUAUGCCCUUCGCAGUUUCCAGAUGGCCCGUGUCAUCUUCAACCGGGAUGGCUGCGCGGUCUUACGGAGGCAUUCCAAGGAUGCCCACUUCUACCCACAGGGAGAAGGAAGUAUGUCUCUGGAUGAUGAAAAGCCAACCCCGGGACUUUCAAAAGAUGUCAUUCGUUUCCUCUUGCGGCAGAACGUGAUGAAAGCUCACUAAGACGCCCCCAGUGGUAAGGGCAGGCAGCGUGCAGGAUGGCCCCAUG